AUGAUAAUUCAUGAGCCCACUACAAAGAGAACUCCUAUUCCAAAUAUUAGGAAGGCCACUUUAAUUAAAGAUGAAGUUGAUAAUUAUAAAGUGUACCGGUUUGAUUAGUUCUCGCUGAAAAGUAAUUAUGAAUUUUAAACAGAAAAUAUCAGUCUCCAUAAAAAUCAGGCUUCUGUUAUAAACUUUUAAAAGAAUAAUAUUCUUUAAGAUCUAAAUUAAAGUUGUAUUUGUGAAGAAUGCGGUGGUAGAAUAGCAAAACAAAAAAUACUGAUGAAUGAUUAUUUGGACAGUAAGUAAAUGAUCGGUUCUUAGAAAUAAACUUAUUCUCCCCCUUCAAUAAAUAGACACUCAAUGGUUGAGUCUAGUCUUCUUGGUUCAUAAUUAAUCAGUACAAUAUUAAUUAAAUUAAGGUGAAAGACAAAUGAAGUUUAGUCUAAAGGAGAGCGUAAGAAGAUCUACAAAACCAGUUUUAUAAGUAAUUUAAGCUUAGAAUAUGAUGAAAAAAAUAGUAAAUGACAGUAUUCAAGUGAAGACUAGAAGAAGUUUACAAUCAAUAGAAAAGCAAGACAAUUUAUAUGACAAGGUCUAAAUAAAAUUAAAAUCUCAAAUGAUGAGAUCAAAUAAUAAUUCUACAAUUUAAAUUAGAACAAGAACUGAUGCAUCUACAUAUCUUUUACCAUUAUUAACAAAAUCAAAGAUGCAAUAAACAUAAUAGAUAAUUCAUAAAUACGAUUCUUAAAUAAUACUAAAAAAAUAAACAUAAUUGUUGAAAAGUGAAAAAAUAAAUUAGAUUAAACCAUUACAUUAACGUUUAUUAUUAACUUAUCUGAAAAGAACAACAUCUCAACUAAAUUCAGUAAAAAUAUUUAAUUUAAAAUCAAAAUUGAAAAACUGA